UAUUUGGUAAGCUUCGCGAGCACCCAUCGUAACGUUUAUCCGAUUAUUUAUUAUUGUUUUUUCAUUACAUAAACAUCAUCGUAUUGCACAUAAAAUGUGCUGAUUUCUGCACAAUAUAUUUUUUCUUUCAUCAAUUUUCUUUUUAUUUAAUCACAAAACUUAUACUUUUAACAUUGCAUCUACAAAUAAUGCAUAGUUUUCUGUUCCUGCGUUAGUGAAAGACAACUAUUAUAUCUGCGUAAAUUUGUGGUAAUCGAAUGCAUAUAAACUGCAACAACAUUAAAUAGUUUUAAUAGUGAGAGUGACUUCAAUGUGAUAAGAUAUUGCUGGAGAAAAGAUUUGUCGCUGGAGUAAAGAAAUUUCUAAAUAUUAAACAAAAUGUCGAAGGGAGUCACACCGACCGAUGACUACGUGUUCACGUUGUCCAAUGAAUUGAAAGAAAUGGCCGAAAAUGAAUUGCGUGAAACAAAUUCGACCCGUGAUCAUGCUUUGAAGGCUAUGAGAGAAUGGAUUAUGAGCAAUCCCAGGAUCUCGAAUAUCAGACUUGAUUCUAAUUUUCUGUUACGAUUUUUACGCUCAAAGAAAUUCAGUGUUCCAAUUACUCAGGAAAGUUUGGAAAGAUAUCUUUUGUUGCGACAAUCAUAUGACGAGAAAAUAUUCCGGAACAUGGAUUACUUACUAAAUCCGACGCAGGAGUUGAUUACGAAUGGCUACAUCUUGGCCUUGCCGAAACGGGACAAAUUGGGGCGACGAAUCGUUUUAACGCGUCCAGGCGUUUUUGAUCCCUACAAGUAUGCAAACAUUGAUCUGCUAAAAAUACAUGGUCUCACUUACGAGGUGUUGAUGGAAAAUGAGGAAAAUCAAAUUCGAGGCUUCGUUCACAUUGUUGACGGUUCCGGUGUCAAUCUACCAUAUAUGACCAUAUUCACACCGAAAGAAGCUGUUCGAAUAGUUAAGAACGCCGAGAGAACGUUACCGAUGCGACACAAGGAGAUCAAAGCAUUCAAUGUACACGGAUCGAUUAAGUUUGCUGUUGAUUUUGCGUUGGCCUUGGUGUCGGAGAAAAUGAAAAAUCGAAUCAAAAUCUACACUUCCGUUGAAUCGGCCUUGAAAACCGUUGAUGUUAAUCUGCUGCCGAAGGAAUACGGUGGCAUUACUCCAAUGGCAGAUAUGAUAGCACUCUGGCAAAAAGAAUUAAAAGCUUCGAGGGAUGUGAUUUUGAUGAAUGACAAAAUGCAGGUUAAUGUCGAAAUGUAUUCAGCUAAAGCGAGACAAGGAGCUGUUAGCGCACUAACCCAGCAAAUGAACAACUGUGGCGCAGAACAGGAUGCAAAUCUGCAAGGUCUGCAGGGAAGUUUUCGAAAAUUAGAAGUUGAUUAAAUUAGUUCUGUGUCUGUGUACGUCCAGCUUUAAAUUUCAAUAACGUUCUGUGUUUCAAUAAAAAAAAUGUUUCAUUCAGUCGAAAGUUAAAUAAAUAAUUUGGCCCAAGACUUACUACGUGAAACCUGAGAUCGAACGAAAUCCAACCGAACUGGGAUGACCUGACACCCACAUUUAUAUAAUAGUAACAAACGCACGUUUUAACCAAAUUUUAUUUUUCAUUUUAUUUACCAAAUAUAAUUUAAAGGGGACAUCAGAUACAGCUAGUUUUGACUAUAUCGUAUGCUACAUGCAAUUA